CGCCGCGAUGUCCAUCCAGAACACGUCCAAGAGCGUCCUGCGCGUCGGCAAGAACUACAUCAAGGGCUACACGGACGUGCAGAAGAAGGUCAGAGAUGCGACGUCGAACGAGCCGUGGGGCCCGAGCGGCGAGCAGAUGAACACGCUCGCGCAGCUCAGCUACAACCAGAACGAGUUCGUCGAGAUGAUGGAGAUCAUGGACAAGCGCCUCAACGACAAGGGCAAGAACUGGCGCCACGUCUUCAAGACGCUCACGCUGCUCGACUACCUGCUGCACGCCGGCAGCGAGAACUGCGUCAUCUACUUCCGCGACAACCUCUACGUCGUCAAGACGCUCAAGGAGUUUCAGUACGUCGACGAGUACGGCAAGGAUCAGGGCGCCAAUGUGCGUCAGAAGGCCAAAGACAUCACCAAUCUCCUCAUGGACGAGCAGCGUCUGCGGGAAGAGCGCCGCUCGCGCGCCUCGAUGCGCAACCGCAUGAACGACGGCGAAGAUCGCGAGCGGCCGACGAACACGGUGAAUGACUUUGAGGACGAAGAGGGCAGGCGACGACGGGCAGAGGCGGAGCGGAGGCGUAGAAACAGACGCGAGGGCGAGGAUGAGGAGCUGAAGAGGGCGAUUGAGGAGAGCAAGCGGAUGGCAAAGGAGGAGCAGGACAAGUUGAGGAGAGAGGCGACUGACGAGGAUGAGCUGCAAAAGGCCCUUGCCCUCUCGCGCGAGGAGGAGGAGAAGCGCAUCAAGGAGCUCGAGAAGCGCAACGAGAACGCACUCUUCGACGACGACUUCAACCUCAUUGAUGGGCCGCCGAACCAGUACGCGCAGCAACAAGACUGGCAGCAGCAGCAGCAGCAGUUCAUGCAGCCGCAGUACACCUCCUUCAACCCGUACAUGCAGGCGCAGCAGACGGGCUACAACCCGUUCCUGCAGCAGCAAAUGGCGCUGCAGCAGCAGCAGGAGGCCGAGUACCAGCGGCAGAUGGAGAUGCAAAUGGCUGCGCAGCAGUACCAGCAGAUGAUGACGCAGCAGCAGAUGGCGCCGCUGCAGCCUCAGCCGACGGCGUUUGGCUCGAACAACCCCUUCGCAUUCCAGCAGCAGCAGCAGCAACAGCCACAGCAGCAGCAACAAUGGUCCAUGCCUCAGCAGCAGCAGCAAGCCGUGCCGACGGGCGACUUGCUCGGCGACACCACUCCCACGCCCACGCCGGCGCCUCAGCCCGUGCAGCAGCAGCAGCCGGCAUCGCCGCCGCGCCAGCAGCAGGGCCCGCCGCGCGUCAAGACGUCAGACAAGUACGCAGACCUGGACCGCAUGCUUGCGAGCGGAGAGGCGCAGGACACGUUCGGCAACACGGGCGCGCAAGUCAUGGGACACAGCUCCAACCGCCUCGCGAGCCAGCCGACAGGCAACAACCCUUUCUUCCGCACGUAAACACCGGCGACGCUACUCGACGGCCCGCCAGCGCCACUCCCGCGAUCCCUCUCAUUACCCGUGCGCAGCGGAUAUCUUCUCCUGCGCAGCCACACCCUUCGUUCUUGGACCUUGCGUGCCCUCCCUUUUCCCUUCGUCUUGACAAAGAGCUGCGGCGUCAGCUUCCUUCCUUGCGCUCAUUGGUCCUCUCUCUCCUUCUUUCUUCUUCCUUUGCUGCACGAUGCGGCUGUACAUACUCCUCUUCACCUUCUGCGAUGCCCCUCUUUUCACGAAUGCGAUGGCCUCUAUGUCCUCUCUCCCAGUUCCGAUGCAUCUAUUGCCCAUCG